AUGGCUGUCUUUUGGAGAAGCCAUCUGCAACUCUGGCAGCCUGGUAUCCUGGCUGUGGCAGUGGCGGGAUCCGACCAGCUGGACUCUGUUUCUCAUGCAACCCCUGAAGGCGUCGAACGCACAACGGGGACGGCGUCCGGAAGGCGUCCCUGGUGGCCCAAAAUCGAAGGGCAGAUGCUGCUUGACAUUGAUGAUGAUGGCUGUGGUAAUGGGGGUGUUUUAAGGUGCUGUGAUCCUGGUAGUUCCCAAGGCAAGAACGUUUAG